UGCCGGUUGGACGACCGAAGACCGUGAAGUACGAGGAUUGGGACGACAAAGACGACCCACUACGGCUCCCCACUUGGGCUUACAAUUGGGAUGUGUUAAAUGAGACGACGGAUGAUCCCUUGGUAAUGUAUAAGUUGUACAAGAGCGAGCUGGACGCGAUCACGCCUGAGCAGGUGGAAUGGGAGCCGUAUGGAAAAGGAGAGAGUUUUGGUAACCCUAUAGAGUUCAGGCUGAAUCCGAUGUGCACUAGGGAUAGGGAUCUCUGGCAUAUGCGGUGCCCACUGAUAUGCAACUGGGCGGUUGAGCUUCACCUGCCACAUCGGGUGUUCCGCCAGUUUGGUUUGUUCCAGCCACACCCGCCGGAGUGGGAGGACACGGACAAGUUGCUACACGCGUUGGAUAGGAAAAAGCAGCGGAAGAUCAAGGAUUGGGCCAAGCAUCACAGGAAGUAUGUCGUGCAGUUCGCUCUUAGUGUGGAGCAAGCAAGGGCUAGAAAACGAGCCCAGCUUCAUGAGCACUGAUCGAUCGUGUUCAAA